AUGAAUAAAAAUACAUCUGCUGUGGUAUCAUCCAGUCUACUUGAAAAGGAUCCUGCCUUUCAGAUGAUUACAGUUACCAAGGACACAGGCCUUGGUCUGAAGAUCCUAGGAGGAAUUAACCGGAAUGAGGGUCCCUUGGUAUAUAUUCAGGAAAUCAUUCCUGGAGGAGACUGUUAUAAGGAUGGACGUUUGAAGCCAGGAGAUCAACUUGUCUCAAUAAACAAGGAAUCUAUGAUUGGUGUAUCCUUUGAAGAAGCGAAAAGCAUAAUUACCAGAGCCAAGUUGAGGUCAGAAUCUGCUUGGGAGAUAGCGUUCAUAAGACAAAUAUCUGAUGGCAGUCAUCCAGAAAAUCCAUCUUGUACAUCUCUUUUACAAGCUUCUGGAGAAUAUGGACCUCAAGUCUCGACAUUUAGCCUUCUUCCUUCUCCCCCUGAAAUACUAAUUCCAAAGACCUCAUCCACUCCCCAAACUACAGAUACCAUUUUAUCUUCUUUUAGGAUAAAUCAGAUAAAAACUGGAUACAAGAAAACAGAACAGACUCCAGUCACUUCUUUGGAAAACAGGCCUACAGAUAUGUCUAAUACAGAUAUUGCCCCUGCAUGGACUGAUAAUUAUGGACCACAAGGAAAGAAGAUUUCGCUAAAUCCCUCUGUUCGCCUUAAGGCAGAGAAACUGGAAAUGGCUUUAGAUUAUCUUGGAAUUCAGCCCACAAAGGAACAACAUCAAGCCCUGAGGCAGCAAGUGCAAGUAGACCCAAAGGGGACAGUGUCUUUUGGAGAUUUUGUCCAGGUUGCCAGAAACUUGUUUUGCUUGCAGUUGGAUGAAGUGAAUGUCAGUGCACGUGAUAUUUCCAGCAUAUUAGAUUCACAGCUUCUUCCCUGUGAUUCCUUAGAGGCAGAUGAAAUAGAAAGGCUUAAGUGUGAAAGAAAUGAUGCCUUGGAGGAAGUGAAUACACUCAAGGAAAAGUUAUUUGAAUCAGAAAGACAAAAGAAACAGUUGACAGAAGAACUCCAGAAUGUGAAACAAGAAGCCAAAGCUGUGGCUGAAGAAACCAGAGCCCUGCGAAGUCGGAUCCACCUGGCCGAGGCUGCACAGCGCCAGGCGCAUGGAAUGGAAAUGGACUACGAAGAAGUGAUCCAUCUGUUAGAGGCCGAGAUCACAGAUCUAAAGGCUCAGCUUGCUGAUUAUUCGGACCAAAAUAAAGAAGGUGUCCAGGAGUUAAGAAAGAGAAUUACAGUACUUGACUGCCAAUUGCGAAAAUCGGAAAUGGCUCGAAAAACUUUGGAGGCAUCCACUGAAAAACUUCUUCAUUUUGUAGAGACUAUUCAAGAAUUAUUUUCUGAUAAUUCUUCUCCUUUAUCAAAUUUAAGUGAAAGAAGAGCUAUGUUAGCUUCUCAGACUUCCCUUACACCACUGGGAAGGAAUGGACGUAAUAUCCCAGCAACGCUGGCUCUUGAAUCUAAGGAACUUGUUAAAUCUGUUCGGGCCAUACUUGACAUGGACUAUCUACCUUAUGGGUGGGAGGAAGCUUACACAGCAGAUGGAAUCAAGUACUUCAUCAAUCAUGUAACACAGACGACGUCCUGGAUCCAUCCUGUGAUGAGUGCACUGAACCUGUCCUGCUCAGACGAGAAUGAAGAGGAUUGUUCCAGAGAAUUUCCCGAUCAGAAGAGCUGA